UUGUUGCUGUUGUUGUGGUGGGUUUGUUCGGCUCGGAUUGGUGAGCAGGGGCUGGAAGCCUGGAAGUGGUGCGGGAUUCCUGUAUCGCGUGCAGCCUGCGGGCGCUCCCGGCCCCCACAUCUGCCGUCGUGCUCGCAGGACAAGCUUCUCUCCUUUAGAGUUUUAUGGAGAAUUUUAAGCCUGGGAUCAGACAAGGCUUUAGAAAAGUCUCAUAAUUGGGAAUUUAUCAACAUUUCCACUGGGGUAAUUUUACAGGAUUAUCCACCCUCUGUUCUUCCUGCUGGUUCAUCUGGACUCAGUGGAGUUUGCUGCUCGCAGUGAAGCCUUCUGUGGGGGUUUAUUUAUGCCAUUACUGGAGUCCUUUGCAUUUGGAUUAACUCUUUGUUCCCUUGUCAUCUGAAUCGCUUGGAUCAGUCCAUUUAUAGAAAGGAUACUACCAUGCAUGUCUUUUCUGUUUGCAUUUUGAAGUUGAGCUCUGAGUUCGGUCUUGAUGUAUUCAGGCCUUUUACUUUGCUUGAAUUUUGGAGGAAGAGCUGAAAUGGAAAGAUGAGACUGUGAUAUUGCACAGGCAGGAAUGCCCAAGGAAAAGUACGAUCCACCUGAUCCACGGAGGAUGUACACAAUUAUGUCCUCAGAGGAAGCAGCCAACGGAAAGAAAUCACACUGGGCAGAGUUGGAAAUAAGUGGGAAAGUGAGAAGCCUGAGUUCAUCGUUGUGGACACUGACCCAUUUGACAGCUUUGCAUCUCAGUGACAAUUCCUUAUCCCGUAUUCCUUCAGACAUUGCCAAGCUUCACAAUCUGGUAUAUCUGGACCUGUCCUCUAAUAAAAUUCGCAGUUUACCAGCAGAGCUCGGAAACAUGGUGUCACUCAGGGAACUACAUUUAAAUAACAACCUGUUACGAGUUUUACCUUUUGAGCUGGGGAAACUGUUCCAGUUACAGACUUUGGGUCUGAAAGGAAAUCCGCUUACGCAGGAUAUUCUGAACCUGUAUCAGGAACCAGAUGGGACGCGCAGGCUACUGAACUAUUUGCUUGAUAAUUUGGCAGGUACUGCAAAAAGAAUUUCAACUGAACAACCACCUCCAAGAUCUUGGAUUAUGUUGCAAGAACCAGACCGUACAAGACCAACAGCCUUGUUCUCUGUCAUGUGUUACAACGUACUCUGUGAUAAAUAUGCUACCCGGCAGCUGUAUGGCUAUUGUCCAUCUUGGGCCUUGAACUGGGAAUACAGAAAAAAAGCCAUUAUGCAGGAAAUCCUGAGCUGCAAUGCUGACAUCAUAAGUCUUCAGGAGGUUGAAACAGAGCAGUACUACAGUUUUUUCCUGGUAGAAUUGAAAGAACGUGGCUACAAUGGAUUCUUCAGUCCAAAAUCUAGAGCUAGGACAAUGUCCGAACAGGAAAGGAAACACGUUGAUGGUUGUGCAAUAUUUUUCAAAACAGAAAAAUUUACUUUGGUUCAAAAACACACUGUUGAGUUCAAUCAACUAGCAAUGGCAAACUCGGAAGGUUCAGAAGCGAUGCUGAACAGAGUUAUGACAAAAGAUAACAUUGGAGUUGCUGUAUUGUUAGAACUGCGAAAGGAAUUGAUAGAAAUGUCAUCUGGAAAGCCACACCUUGGGAUGGAGAAGCAGCUAGUUCUUGUAGCUAAUGCACAUAUGCAUUGGGACCCAGAUUAUUCUGAUGUGAAGCUGGUUCAAACUAUGAUGUUCCUGUCUGAGGUAAAGAACAUUAUUGAUAAAGCUUCUCGUAGUCUCAAACCUGGUGUUUCGGGAGAGCUUGGAACCAUUCCACUUGUACUGUGUGCAGAUCUCAAUUCCCUACCAGACUCUGGUGUUGUUGAGUACUUGAGCACUGGUGGCGUGGAAACAAACCACAAAGAUUUUAAGGAACUGAGAUACAAUGAAAGUCUUACUAACUUCAGCUGUAAUGGAAAAAAUGGAACAACAAAUGGAAGAAUUACACAUGGUUUCAAGUUGAAGAGUGCCUAUGAGAAUGGUCUAAUGCCUUAUACAAAUUACACAUUUGACUUCAAGGGUAUUAUUGACUACAUCUUCUACUCUAAACCUCAGCUAAACAUACUUGGCAUUCUUGGACCUUUGGAUCAUCAUUGGUUAAUAGAGAACAAUAUAAGUGGUUGUCCACAUCCACUCAUCCCUUCUGACCACUUCUCACUUUUUGCACAACUGGAGCUUUUGCUGCCUUUCCUGCCUCCUGUAAAUGGAAUCCAUCACCCUGGCAGGAGGUAGUCAAGUACAUUUGAGAGGGCAACCUCAAUCUAACUUGUACAAUUGUAAAAUCUGAAUAUAGAGGAGUGAGGUAUGGCCAACAGGGAUUUUUUUUUUCUUAAUAAUGUUAAUCUUAAAUCUAAUUAUUUGCUAAAGACAUAGUAAAAGCCAGGUGCUAUCAACAGACACAAUUCUGAGCCCAAUAUACUUUGUAUACUGUUCGACAGUGAUCGGUGCAUUUGCACCUUUCUUUAAUACGUUACAAUUAACCUUCCUGUUUCUUUUAUCCAACGUGACAUUUUCAUGCCUUGAAAUAGGGAAUUGUUAUACAGUAUAUUCUCUUUGCACAGUUAUCUGUAGCACUACUUUUUUGAGGCCAGUAGGAACAUCCACAGAACAUUCUUCCGUACUUCACUCCCUCCUUUUUCAGACUCGUUUGUAAAAUAUAGAAUUUGAAUUUAGCCUUUAUUGAUUGUAUAUGAACAACAGAAAACCUGAUUUAUGAAAUUUUGUACUUUAAAAGAAAAAAAAAGAAAAA